UGUGUCGCAUUUACUAUCACGUUAAGGUUAAAGUAGUGAUGUUCACAGCGUUUUUCUACCACCGUUGACUUAGUCAUGUCAGGUUUCACAAAGUCUGCACAGCAAUGGGCUACUUUUGCCAGGUCCUGGUAUUUAAUUGAUGCCAAGAUGCAGCCUCCAGGAAAAAUUGCAGCAAUGUGUUCAGUACGUCUACAGGGAAAACAUAAACCAAUAUACCAUGCGUUGAGUGACAUUGGGGAUCAUGUGGUGGUGAUAAACACGAGGCACGUUGCGUUUUCAGGGAACAAAUGGGAACAAAAAGUUUAUUCCUCUCAUACUGGGUAUCCAGGUGGCUUUAAACAGGUCACAGCAGCUCAGCUUCACCAGAAGGAUCCCAAAGCAAUUAUGAAGCUGGCUGUCUAUGGGAUGCUGCCGCGCAAUCUCAGUAGGAGAACCAUGAUGCAAAGGCUGCAUCUCUUCCCAGAUGACGUAAUUCCAGAAGACAUACUUCGGAACAUAACAGAAGAGCUUCCACAGCCUAGGACGGUGCCCAAAAAGCUGAGCGAGUACACCCAGGAGGAAAGGGAAGCUUUCCCCAGACUAUGGACUCCGCCUGAAGACUUCAGAAUGAAGUAAUCCUCACCAUUAACAACACCAUCUGAAAGAAGAUUACUUACAGAUCCAUGAUUAUUUUCAUGUUUAAUAACAUUUGCUAGAAGCAUUUAACUUGAUUUUUGCAGAUGUUCCAGUUGUUCUAUUAAUGUAAAAUAAAAGUUUUUUUCAACUUUAGUAUGUGGCUUUAAUUUUUUUAAAUAAAACCUAAAACAUUUUUGAUUAAAAUGAAGUGAAACUUGCAGUAAAUUUAUAUACAGCUUUUAAUUUUGAAGAAUAAGCAUAAUUUCUAACAGUUUCAAGGGUAAAAGUGAAUUGAAUAAAUGUUCAGCAGGACAGAAAAGACAGUUCCGUGGUUGUUUCUGUGGUUGUAAGUUCAAUUUUGUUGAAACUUGGAAUGUAUUAAAAUACAGAUUUUUGGCCACUGCAA